CAGCCUGGUCUUGAACUCCUGACCUCGUGAUCUGCCCCCCUCAGCCUCUGAAAGUGCUGGAUCGCAGGCGUGAGCCCCCACACCUGGCUCAUUUACACCUUUUUAUAAUGGAGAAAGUGAAAUAAGUUGAGAGGAAGGUGAGCCUGGAAGGGCAGGCAAGACUACUAGAUCAUUAAAAAUCCUGAAUUCCAUGCUAAAGAUCUUAGCUUUUAUUUAUCUUGUAGCUGAUCAAAAACAAACAAAAAUAAACAUUUUAAGUAGAGUGAUGUAGUCAGGAAUUGCACUUUAGAAGGCUACUUUGGCGAUAGCGUGGAGAAUAAGAGAGGAUUUAGACUUGAGGUUGGUUGGUUCAUUUCUACUUAAUAUUUGCCUUUCUUUGAGGAGCUAUUUCUUUGAUAAGCAGGAAAAAGGAAUACUGAAGUCUGUGCUCCACAGGAGUUUAGAAUUGCUCGCCUGGUUUCCGCAUGGUUCUUUGAAGAGGCCUAAAUCAGUUUGUCCUAAAUUUAUUUGUCAUCUCCUUCCCCCCAUUGGAGUUUGGGAAGACUACUCUGAAGUGCCUCCUAAGAACAUUGGAUUUAAUCUAACGCAUGAUUAACACUAAGAAAUUCUAGCCUCGACUGGUCUCCACUAAUCUCCAUUUGACCACUAACAUCCUCAUUUUGCUUUUUGCUGAAGUUAAAUUAUUGUACAGGUUAUUGGUGGCUUUUCUUUGAGUCUAGUUUUAGGGCAAGCUAGGCAGUUUAAUGCUUAACUGGUUUAAUUAACAUUUGUGGUGAUUAACCAUUUCUAAUUAUGAGCAAUUGAGAAACAGUGCUUCACAUUUUCUCCUCUGUUCCUCACACUGCCCAUUACUACCCUUUCCCUACCUGACUUAUGCUAUUCUAACAAAAAUAUAUAAUUUAUAAAAAUCUGGAUUGGUCCUACAGCAGAAUCAAGUUGAUCUGUGAUUGGCUUAUUAUGUGUUCAGCGAGCACAGGCAACUUUAAUUGAUUAUACUUGUGUCUGGAGAGUACUGAUUGAUUAAAAAAAUUUUUUUUAACCUCCAUCACCAUAAAGCUAUGUGGUGAAACACAUAGCUUUGGAUUUGGUUGAAGCACUUCUGGAUUUGGUUGAAGUCAGUAAAAGACAAAUUUGUGGUUAUCCAGAUUGUUACUUUUUAUGGCACAUAAGAUAAUUGGGUAUCUCAGCACAUGCCAACCAUAAUGGAUCAGGCAAGAAUUUAGCAGUGGUUUUCCGUCAUUUUUUAAAUGAUAUUACAGUUUCCAUCCUUGUGCACAGCAAAUAUAUACUUACAUUGACAAAAAUCUAAGGAGUGGAUAGCAAGGGAACUUUGUUUUUUACUAAUCAUCAAGCCAAAGGACUAUUUUCAAAAGUAAUGAUUUUGUUAUACCAUAGUAGUAUCAACCGUAAUAACUUUUACAGGUGAGCUUAAAUAAAGGCUACAUAAUGUUAAUUUAGCUGAGUUUUAAAAUGUCCCUUGCUUUACUACCAGGUGUCAGUACUGAUAGGUAGUUGUGGAAUAAAACAUUCUUUUGAUGUUACUGUAGGCCAGUACUUUGUAAGAAACAGCAGCAGAAAUUGGGAGGGUGCUAAGUAGGGAGAAAUCUGUGAGGCACUUGUACUUGGUGAAUAAAUGUUAUUUGGCAUUUAACUGCAGUUAUGAUGAACUGAAUAUUUUGUUAUGUAAGAAAUCAUGUGUUCCUUAAGUACUCUGUUUUUCCCCCCCUUUUGUGCCUUACUUGCUUUUAGUUUGGUCAGAUAUUAUCGGCAAAGAAUUUGUCUACUCUGCUACUCUCUACUAGACAUCUAUCCUUGUCCAAGUCAACUAUACUCUCAAUCUACUUUCUCAUUUUCACAACUACUCUACCUGUCCCACAAGGUAUUUGUGAGUAGUGAAUGAGAAUACUUCUUGCUUUGAAAGCAAGAAGCAGUGUGGUGUAUUCGAAAGUAUAUGGUUUUUAGAGUCCAUCCUGGACCCUGCCACUCACCAGAUAUAGGUAUUAAGUCAGGUUAAUUAAUCUUACUUCAUUAUCUUUGUCUAUAAGGAGUGGCAGGCUGGGGGCAGGAAUGACCCCUGUUUGACAGAGUUUUUCUGACAGCAAAAUGCCCCAGUCAGUCUAACGUAUUUUAUAUAUUCUUGUGCUCAUUUGGGCACUUAAGAGAUAGUAGCUGCUGCUACAAAUCCUGACCAUUACUCAAUACUUAGAUGUGCCACUUAAUCCUAUUACUGAAGAGAAAACUAAACUGAAGACAAAAGAGGUGAAAUGGUUUGCCCAAAUUAUACAGCUAGCUGGUGAGUGGCUUUGCUAUUGACUCACACUCUUUCUGCUGUGUCACUUAGGCUACCAUUAAUAAGUGAUAAUGUGGGAAAAUAACAGCAGAAGGACUCUUCACCAGCUACUUCUGAACUGACUUGUAGCUCUAACCUGAUGCACACUCUUCUGCUGUAAAAUGUACUUACUGAUACCACGGGCCAACUGAACACUCAUAGGACUUCCAAUAGUAGUCAGACAUUAUCAUCCUGUCAUACUAUGGAGCCAUGUUCAUCAGAUGAAUUUUUCCAAGCCCUUAAUCAUGCUGAACAAACAUUUAAAAAAAUGGAAAACUAUUUGAGACAUAAACAGUUGUGCGAUGUAAUUUUGGUCGCUGGUGAUCGCAGAAUUCCAGCUCACAGAUUGGUGCUCUCCUCUGUCUCAGACUAUUUUGCUGCCAUGUUUACUAAUGAUGUCAGAGAAGCAAGACAAGAAGAAAUAAAAAUGGAAGGUGUAGAACCAAAUUCAUUGUGGUCCUUGAUCCAGUAUGCUUAUACAGGCCGCCUUGAAUUAAAAGAAGAUAAUAUUGAGUGCCUGUUAUCUACAGCUUGCCUUCUUCAGCUUUCACAGGUUGUAGAAGCAUGCUGUAAGUUUUUAAUGAAACAGCUUCAUCCAUCCAACUGUCUUGGAAUUCGUUCUUUUGCUGAUGCCCAAGGUUGUACAGAUUUGCAUAAAGUGGCUCACAAUUAUACUAUGGAGCAUUUCAUGGAAGUAAUCAGAAACCAGGAAUUUGUAUUAUUACCAGCCAGCGAAAUUGCAAAGCUCUUGGCAAGUGAUGACAUGAACAUUCCUAAUGAGGAGACAAUAUUGAAUGCACUUCUUACUUGGGUCCGUCAUGAUUUGGAACAGAGACGGAAAGAUCUAAGUAAACUUUUGGCUUAUAUUAGGCUACCUCUUCUUGCACCACAGUUCCUGGCAGACAUGGAAAAUAAUGCACUUUUUCGGGAUGAUAUAGAAUGUCAGAAACUCAUUAUGGAAGCAAUGAAGUACCAUUUAUUACCAGAGAGACGACCCAUGUUACAGAGUCCUCGGACAAAACCUAGGAAGUCAACUGUUGGUACAUUAUUUGCAGUUGGGGGAAUCGAUUCAACAAAAGGAGCAACAAGCAUUGAAAAGUAUGAUCUCCGUACAAAUAUGUGGACUCCAGUAGCAAAUAUGAAUGGGAGGAGACUACAGUUUGGUGUUGCAGUGCUAGAUGACAAACUGUAUGUGGUUGGAGGAAGAGAUGGACUGAAGACUUUGAAUACGGUAGAGUGCUACAACCCCAAAACAAAAACUUGGAGUGUGAUGCCACCUAUGUCCACACAUAGACAUGGCCUUGGUGUGGCUGUACUAGAAGGUCCCAUGUAUGCCGUAGGAGGACAUGAUGGCUGGAGCUAUCUGAACACAGUAGAAAGAUGGGACCCUCAGGCUCGCCAGUGGAAUUUUGUUGCCACUAUGUCUACCCCCAGGAGUACAGUAGGUGUGGCAGUGCUAAGUGGAAAACUUUAUGCAGUUGGUGGUCGUGAUGGAAGCUCUUGUCUCAAAUCAGUAGAAUGUUUUGAUCCUCAUACUAAUAAGUGGACACUGUGUGCACAGAUGUCAAAAAGGAGAGGUGGCGUAGGAGUGACGACUUGGAACGGACUGCUGUAUGCUAUAGGGGGGCAUGACGCUCCCGCAUCCAACUUGACUUCCAGACUCUCCGACUGUGUGGAGAGAUAUGAUCCCAAAACAGACAUGUGGACUGCAGUAGCAUCCAUGAGCAUCAGCAGAGAUGCAGUGGGGGUCUGUUUACUUGGCGAUAAGUUAUAUGCUGUUGGGGGGUAUGAUGGACAAGCAUACCUUAAUACCGUGGAGGCUUAUGAUCCCCAGACAAAUGAGUGGACCCAGGUUGCUCCACUGUGCCUAGGAAGAGCUGGAGCUUGUGUUGUGACUGUAAAAUUAUAAUUUAGUGCUCUGUUUUCUACAUGAAGACACCGUCUUCCUUUAUUAAUUUAGUAUAAUUAUUCUAUCAAUGGAUACAUUUUUAGUAAACGUGCAUUGUCACAAUCCUGGGCACAAAGUGCCUGUUCUCAAAGUGAAGAUAGUAAAACAAAGGAGGAAGCAGUGGAUGGACCAGGAUUAAUUCCUUUCAUUUCUUAGUAAAUUAAAACAUGCAGCUGGUGGAUUGUGAACACACACUCCUGAUGUAAUAUGUGAGGACAAAUGCACUGCCCUGGAACAUAACCCAGUGCUAAUUGGGGGUUUCACUUAUUCAGUCAAGCACAUCUUACUCACAUCCAGAUUUAUUUUCCUACAGUGCAGACACACCAGAUGAAACUUUAAAAUGCUGCUUUUUGUAAGCUUAUCAUACAUGAGUUGCAGUAAUUUGUUUGCUUGUUUGUUUAACCACAACCACUGUUUUAAUGAUACACUAAAGAUAACACUAUUUAGUUUUUUCAGAAACAUCUGCAUUAUAUGUGUGUUGGUUGUGGAUUUUGUUUCUAAAAUUGGCUUAGUCCAAUAAAUAAAUAAAAGCAUUAAGGACUUAAAGCAACAAUAACCAAAUAAAAACUUGAUAGGAUCUUUGAAGUCUAUUUAAAUAUUCAUUCCAUUACAUCUAGACUCACGAAGAACUACAUGUUACGAUGUUAAGUUGAAGUUGAAACAUGAUGUUUUGCAUUAAAUUUAAGAUAUGCAAAUUUAUGUAGAGAAAAUAAAUGUUAUAUACCCUAUAAUGUUCUUUCACCUAAUUAGUAUUUAAUUAUAUGGAUUUGUUUUAUAUUAUAAAAGAUGUUUUGAUUUUUGUCUCUUGAUAUUGACAAAAUUGUUUGGAUAUCCUUAUGUUCUCAAGUCUGUAUCUGCCUCCCCUGCCUUAUUUCUUAUGUUUUGCCACAAUUAACCCAUUGUGCUACUUUGUAAUCAAAGUUUAUGGGGGAAUGGGCUUAUUGAAUGUCUAAAAACUAAGUUUAAAGUGUUUGUAACUCUAAGUUUUUUACAUUUGUAAACUCUAAUUACAUAUGUGAAUGUUAUUACUCUCAAUGAAUUGUUAUUGUUUGCAAAAAUGCACGGGGCAGUAGCAUUUUGUGAUAAAUCCUACAAGAUAUAAGUCAUUGAGAUGUCUAAGAUGCUUUUUAUUUUAACCCCAAUUAGUAACCACUUUAUGGAAAAUAUUUGCUAAUAUUGUUUAUUGUGAA